AUGCAUUACUUGGUGAUUGGAUGUACUUUGCUGGCCCUGGUGAAUGUCUCAGAUAAUCUAGCCAAGACCCAACUGAAAGUGUUCCAGAAACCCCGUUUCUAUGGCAUUACGACUUCCAAGAAUGUGAUCAUCAGCUGUUCGGUUCCUGGCACCAGUACGUCAGUGGUUGUGGAGUGGUUUAAGUCUCCGGCGUACAAGCAGCCUAUGCAACCAGUCAGUGGGAGUGAUAGAAUUAUUUUUGUGCCAAAGUCUCGCAAAUCCCAUGCUGCCAUCAAAAUUAUGGAUACAGUGACAGAAGACAGUGGGAUUUACAUAUGCAAGGCGAACGGUACAUUGGGACCAGGCACAGAACUACAAGUCCACAGGCGUGGCAAUCUUACACUUGCAAUACACAGGAGUAAGAUGAAAGAUGCAAUAAUCUUCAUCCAGGGUUUCCUGCUAGUAAUACUUAUAUGUGUGCCUUUGUUCCACUUUUAUAAACUGGAAAAGAAAGAGGAGACGAUCUAUGAGGAGCCUGAGGAUGAUCAUACAUAUGAGGGCUUGGAGAUUGAACACUGUGGCCUGUAUGAGGAUAUUCCGGCUCUCAGCCAAGGCACUGAAGCAGUCUGGAGUAUGGAAUCUCCAGAUCAGGAAUGA